AUGGCGUUUGUUAUGGAAAGACCCCAUAGAAAAUUGUUACUGUUGUUGGCUGCUGCUGUUAAUGCUGUUAAUUCUGCCGGUGGUGUUAAUGUUGCUGCUGCUGUUAAUGCUGUUAAUUCUGCCGGUGCUAUUCAUGCUGUUACUGCUUUUAAUGCUGUUACUGCUGUUAAAACUGCUGCUACUGUUGCUGCUGUUAAUGCUGUUUCUUCUUCUGCUAAUGCUGCUGCUCCUGUUAAUGCUGUUGCUUCUGUUAAUGCUGUUAAUACCGCUGCUGCUGUUAAUGAUGAUGCUGGUGCUGUUAAUGCUGUUGCUGCUGUUAAUGUCCUUAUUACUGUUAAUACCGCUGCUGCUGUUAAUGAUGAUCCUGGUGCUGUUAAUGCUGCUAAUGUUGUUACUGCUGUUAACACUGCUACUACUGUUGCUGCUGCUUUUAAUGUUGUUGCUGACACUGUCAAUGCUGUUGUUGCUGUUAAUACUGAAGCUGCUGUUAAUGGUGGUGCUGGUGCUGUUGCUGGUGUUCAUGUUGUCACUGCUGUCAAUACUGCUACUACUGUUGACGCUGCUGCUUUUAAUGCUCGCUGCGGCGUUUCCAGCAAAUCCUCCUGGAACUAUGAGACAGGAGGAGGAGGGGAGGAGGAGGAGGAGGAGGACCCAGCUUCAAUUACGUCCAGAUUAACCCCCUCGAAGACGACGGAGGAGGAGGAGGAGGAGGAGGAGGAGGAAGAGGAGGACAUCUGA